AGAGCCAAGGCUUUUCUUCCAAAAAAGAAAACCUAAAUUUUUUUCUCCCACCCUAAUUUUUCUUCCGCCGGCGUGCGUACAGCAUGCCAGCCUUCUUUUGCCCAUGAUCGUUUGGCAGAGGCCAUCAAGAAACCUCAAACCAAUACUUCCCCAUCCUCUCUGUCUAGUUCUCAGUGCCGAUCUCCCUUACCAUGUUCGGCACGGAUCCCUUAUCGAAGCUCCCUACCGACAUCAAAUUAUUUAUGCGGAAUCUCCAUACUUUGGUUCCUGAUAAACUUACGGAUACCAAUUAUCCUGCUUGGGCCCUGAACGUUACUACCGCUCUGUCCGCUCACCUUCUUUUCAACUGGGUGAACGGAGACGACAAAGCCCCUCCGGAAAAACUCCAAAAAGAUGGCGGUCAAAUUGAUAAUCCAGACUUUGCCCUCUGGACCUUGAUUGAUACACAGAUCCGGGCUUGUCUUCUUGCUAUUCUCAUCCCGUCUGUUCAUAAGCAUGCCCGAGGUUUCACCAGUUCCGUCUCUCUCUGGGCUGCCCUAGCCGCGAGGUACAACUCCCUGUCCGAGGCUCAUAUCUUUCAACUUCGAGAUCGUGUGCAUACCCUUCAGAAGGGUUCUAAAACGAUGACCCAAUAUUUGGAUGAAAUGGCGUCCAUUCUUUCUGAUCUUGAUGCCAUUAAUGAAAUCAUCCCUGAAUGGGACGUCAUCAACGCUGUUGUACGUGGCCUCCCGGCUGAUUAUUCAUCCUUCAAACAACACGUUCGCAUGAACGAGGCCUCCCUCACUCUUGCUCAGAUCUCUGGUUGGCUCGGCGCGGAGGAACUAAAUCUGGAAUUCGAACAAAAGCUCACCAUGGCCGAGUCUAGCACCGGGGGUACCCACACGGCUCUCUACACAGCCGGCGGAGGCCGAGGCCAGCAGGACAAGCGCCGCAGUGGUAGUCGCAGCCGUACACAGCAAUCCGGGCGUGGUAGCGGCUCGGUGCAGCGGUAUUCUCAGCCACAUCAUGGGCGCGGGGGCGGCAGGUCCUCUCGUGGAGGCCCGUACCGUGGCGGUGGCGGACGUGGGUCUCAGGGUCGUGAACUCCCUGUCUCCCAGAUUUGUGAUAAACGGGGCCAUUCCGCCGCCUCGUGCUGGUAUCGCUAUGAUGAGUCUACUGCUGAUAGUUCUUCGUCCGGCGGGUCUCGUGCGAUGCAGCGGCCACAAGCACCCAAAACGGUAUUUGGUACCUUGACACGGGUGCCAACACUCACGUCACCCCUGAUUUCUCCAGGUUACACGCUCCCACUCCCUAUACUGGCAACAACUCUAUUUUGGUAGAUGAUGCAUCAUCAUCUUCUUCACCAACUUCAUGUCCAUCAUCCAAUGGACCACCCUCCUUGCUUGACAUGUCAUCUCUCAAGAACCAAUUACCCAGGUCCAGAAAGGGGGGGCUAUCCAAAUUUUACAAUGGUAAAUCAGAAUCCUUCACUUCACUGUCAGAGGUGACAAGCAUAGAAGACCUACCAAAGAAGGAAAGACCAUACACAAGAAGAAAGAUGGGUUGCAAGAGUUUAAGGGCUGGUUUGGAUGCUUUCAAAUCACACACUUCUCCUACACCAAUCAUCACUAAGAAGACUUCACCAUCAUCACCAUCUUCUUCUUCUCAAAGUACAAGAGGAAAAACAAGCUUCAUU